AUGCUGGCAUUAGCGGGCGUCAAGUACGAGGACAUCAGAUACACUUUCCAGACAUGGCCGGCCGAGAAGUCAAAAAUGUCUUUUGGGCAACUACCAGUACUAAAUAUAGAUGGCAAAAUGUUUGGCCAGAGCCUUGCAAUAGCAGCCUACAUUGCCAAGGAAGCAGGAUUUUAUCCUAAAAAUGAAGCUAAAAAGAUUGUGCUUGCGAAAGAGCUCAAGGUAGUAGAUGUGCCCAAGUACUUAGACUUGUUUGAAAAACUUUUGAAAGAAUCUGGAACAGGAUAUUUCGUUGGUACGACGUUAACACUUGCAGACUUCUUCAUCUAUGAUAUAAUCUCUGUGACUAUAGACAGAGGAGUCCUCAGCACUUACAAGCAUCCUUAUUAG